AUGAGUGAAAUUAGAAUUGACGGGUUGGUGGAGGGCGGAGUAUUCUUACAGGUGCUUAAAACUCUCCUUCUUGAGUUGGUUGAGUUUCGUCCUGAUCAGUUUCAAAUGAUUCUUCGUGGUUGCCCUGUGGUUGAGAAAUUGGAACUGGUUUAUGUUGAGUGGGUACCUUGGGAUGAGACUGUCUCAAGUGAAAGCCUUAAGUCCCUCAAAAUUAAGUAUCAGAGUUGGUUUAGAAGCUUUUCUUUUGAUACACCAAAUCUUGUUUCCUUAGAUUACUCUGAAUAUGUCGCGGGGGACUAUCUAGUAGUUAAUUUGGACAACUUAGUUGUUGCUAAAAUCAACCUUUUAGUAACUAAAGAUCAGAUUAAGCGAGCAAGAGUUCCAGAUAAUGAUUUUUUAGAGGAUGGUGUUGUUCUCCGAUUUUGUAAUGCGAAGAAGCUCAUGAGUGGCUUACGAAAUGUGAAGAAGCUUUUCUUGUCUCCUACUACUCUUGAGUUCAGUGCUUUCUCUGGGCCAGUGUUCAACAACCUCACUUUCUUAGCUAUUUUGAGUCAUGUGGAUCUCGGAUGGCAAGCAAUGCCAGUUCUCUUAAAGAACUGUCCACACUUGGAAACUCUAGUCCUUUGGGGUCUCUUACACUGUGUGACAGACAAAUGCGGGGAUGCUUGUGACUGCAUUGCUUGGGAGGACAAAGGUCAUUCGCUCAUAUCUUGUCCAGUGAAGAAUUUACAUAUUAAAGGGUUUCGAGGAACAACUCGAGAGUUAAAGAUGAUACAGCAUUUCUUGUACUCAUUUCCGUGUUUGAAGGAGAUGGAGAUACAUGCCGAAGAGAAUGGUCCUACAACCUUUGAACUCCCUGGAAUGUAUGAUCAUGUCGUGGAGCUAAUGGUACUCUACAACGAGUUGUCAAGUUGUGAUGUCUAG